CUGCUCCGCUUGUAUUACUGAACGUGUCCUUGUGAGAUCAAAGGCUGAGCAAUACGCGUCCGUGCUACCUGUUGUCGGCACACUGUCUGGCACGCCUGACUCGAAUCGCUUGAGACCAGCAUAGCGAAAGGCGAUCUUCAUAUCUAGUUGAGGUGCGGUCACUGUCUCCGAGCUGGUUAUACUCGUGUCCUCGGCAGCCAUGAGUGAGGCAAAAAUGGCAUCGGGCGCAUCUCCUUCGCCUAAGGAGCUCGAGACGAGCAACAGACGAUGGUCUUUGCAGCUCAGACCUUGAGAUAGAUAAAAUUUGAGCAGCAGUUUGGCAUAGCUCGAUGCAUGGUCCUCUUCGAGAAGCAGAACAGUGCCGAGAGGUUGACCCCCGCCCAAAAUAUCGUCAAGAGCAGCAACGCCCGUAGAUGCAAGAGUCGCAGAGUUGUAGGCACUGAGUUUGGUGCCUGUCAAUGCGCUCUGAGCAACCUGCCCCGGUGCGGAAGGUGUGCGACGCUUGAAGGACAUGCGCCGGCGCCGGCGUGCAAGCUGCAAGCGCGCUGCUGUAACGACGUUAUCGAUAUAUCCUCCUCCUCGCUGGCCAUGCGGCGCUUUCCCCUCACGCUUGCGGCUCAGCACUCAUGCAACAUCACCGUCGCUGUGAACCAGACAAGGCGCUGCCAGAGCAGCUAUGUUGGCAUCUCUUGCUUUCUCGAAAGAUUGAUCAAACAAGAUCGAAUGACGACAUUGCGUCUCGGUCAGCAGACACGACGUGCAAGCAACGUCGCUGCAUCGCCCGAGCAGUCGUCUGUACGACUAAGACCAUAUCAGAAGGAUUGUAUAGACUCCUGCCUGGCUGCGCUUCGUCGAGGCGUGACUCGUAUCGGCGUGUCCAGUCCAACAGGCUCUGGCAAGACCACAAUCUUCACUCAGUUGAUUAAGCAGCUGCCCGAGCGCACGACGCAAAGCAAACGAGUCAUCGUGCUCGUACACUCUAUCGAACUUGCACGUCAAGCUGCCAGACAUAUCACCUCUGCAUGGCCAGACCUAAUCGUCGAGAUCGAGCAAGGCGCGAAGCACAAGGCAUCCGGGCAGGCGGAUGUGACGGUUUGCAUGGUGCAGACGCUGGGUCGGCCAGGCUCAGAACGAUUGCUCAAGUAUGAUCCGCUAGAUUACAAGGCUAUCAUCGUCGACGAGGCGCAUCAUGCCGCCGCUGGCUCGUACAGGCGCAUACUAUCGCAUUUCAACUCGCGUGUUGUUCCGGAGGCCAGUCCAGAUGUCAUUGAAGACUCAAUAGCAACAACGGUGGCAGCUGAUGUGCCUCUCAUCGGCUUCUCUGCGACUUUCAGCAGGCACGACGGCAUCGGACUUGGCAAAGUAUUUGAUGAGAUCGUUUACCACAAAGACUUCCUGGAGAUGAUGGACGAGAAAUAUCUUUCGCAUGUGCGCUUCACGACGGUCAAAGCCGACUUCGACUUUUCCAAGAUCAAGAUCAGCAAGGCAAACGGCGAUUUUUCUAGCACAAGUCUCGCUAGUAUCGUUAAUACGCCUACAGUCAAUAACCUCGUCGUUCGCGCAUGGCUUGAUCGAGCAUCGACGCGGAAAUCGACACUCGUAUUCGCCGUCAACGUGGCUCACGUUGUCGCACUGACGAAUGCUUUCCGAGCUAUCGGCGUCGAAGCGCGGUACAUCUUUGCUGGAACGCCUCUUGGCGAAAGACAAACUCUCCUCAGCGACUUCCGUGCAGGCGUAUUUCCUGUUCUCGUCAACUGCGCUAUUCUGACGGAAGGAGCUGACGUGCCCAACAUCGAUUGCGUUCUGCUUGCCAGACCAACACGAUCGCGCAAUAUCUUCUCGCAGAUGAUCGGUCGCGGUAUGCGUCUCAGUCCUGGCAAAAGAGACUGUCUCAUCCUCGACGUCGUUGGCAACUGCGAACGGGGCGUCAUCUGCACGCCGACACUGUACGGACUCGAUCCUGACAUCCAGAUCGAAGCACUCGAUCCUGCCGAGCUUGCCAAUCUUCAGCGCAUCCAAGCCGAAAGACAGGCGGAGCUGCGACAGACAGCUAGCGAGCCUGAAAUCACCGGCGUGAUGGAGCCGAAAUCCAUUAUCUACAAAGACUAUGACUCGGCUUACGAUCUCUCGCAAGACUUCAGCGGCACAGCGACCUACAUAGGUCGGAUGUCGCGGAACGCUUGGACAGGUCUGGGAGAGAAUCGCUACAUCCUUGACCUGUUGGGCGAAGGUCACAUCAAUGUCAUGCCCAUGAAGGGAACUGACGGAAGCGAUCAAUCUGCUCCCGUCUUUGAGGCAAGCUAUACUCCUACGAAUCGGCAUUCGGCGACUGCGGGCCGCUACCUUCGUCCACGCGUCAUCUUGACAAACGCUACACUGCUCGCUGCUGUUCAGGGCUGUGACACCUUCGUAACCCGUGUGAGAGCUCGCGGAACGGCUUUUGGCGCUAUGCGACUGCUCGCCAAUGCACCCUGGCGUAAUGCUCAAGCAAGUGAUGCGCAGAAAGACUGGGUGCAUAUGCGCUUGCGAAGCGCAGAUCAAGCAGAACGAAUCGAAGGGUCAUCCCGUCGAACGCCAGUCUAUAUCGGUCGACAGAAGCUCGAAGUUGAUUCGAUGACAAAGGGGCAAGCGGCUUCGAUUAUCACGCGACUUAAGCAUGGCUUCAAGGCAAAGGUCGAAAAGGUCGAAAACCGUAUGGACUCGGCCAAUAAGAAGGCAGUCUCGCGAGUGAAGAAAGCCAAAGAGGAAGAAGAGAAGCGUCAGAGCAAGAUCAGCCGAGCUGCCAAGCUUGAAGCGAUGCGGCAAGCGCGAGAGAUAGUCUCUGUGGGACCUCUGCGCAAUUCAGUCUAGCAAAAGUGGUUGCAUUUCUACUCAGUUCGAUGCUCAUGCAGCACCGACGAAUUCCUGCGAGAUCAAUGAG